GCUUGAUAAGUUCUCGAACCCGCAGGGGAACUAUUUAUUAUUCAGCGAAGGUUGCCUUACUAGUAACAUCUUUAAUUAACCCGCAUGUCAUUUUCAAUAGGCCUAUUCAUAUAGUAUAAACAAAAUGGAUUAGAAUCUCGUGAGAGUUAAUUUCUAUUAUUUUAUGGAUAUUACAAGAGUCUGCCGUCAUGUGGAAGUGCCAUAAAUGUGGGAAACCAGUAUAUUUCGCUGAACGGAAGCAAUCAUUGGGAUAUGACUGGCAUCCAGAAUGUUUAAGAUGCGAAGAAUGUGGGAAACGCUUGAAUCCAGGCCAGCAUGCAGAGCAUAAAGGUGUACCAUAUUGUCAUGUACCAUGUUACGGAGCUCUUUUUGGGCCACAAUUAUUUGGUCAUGGAACAAGAGUUGAAUCACAUACAAGUUUUGGGAAAAAAGAAGCUCGGCCAUCAUUACCCAGAUCACACUUGGAAUCAAAGUUGAAGGUUUUCAACCAGUAUUAUGAAGGCAAAAGUGGUGGAAUAAGAAGCCGUGAGGUUAAUGGAAGAUUGAUACUGGAAGGUGCACUUCGUAUUUAUUGGGGUGUCAGAGGAGUGAUUCAUUUAAAAGAAGAUGAUGAUCAACGCACAGUAGUUACAGCUCGUAAUAGAAAUUCAUGUAGACGUAGUGUUUCUGAUAGUAUAGAAGAUGAAGAAAAAGAGGAAGAUUGUGUAAAAGAAACUUGUGAGCAAGACGCAGAAACUGAAACAAAGUCUGUACCAACCUCACCUGAUCAUCUUAAGAGCCUCACUUUACCAAUGAAACUAGACGUUAAGAACAUGGAGUGGGAUGAAAUAGAUGAGCUUCUUCAGGUUGAACGUAAAAUCGAAGAUGGAAAGAAAUUAUACCAAACGAUGCCCGAAAAUCUACCUUCGAUUAGUUCGCAAACCACUUCCGACCCACUGCCUCUUUCCUCUCAAUCCAGUUUUGAUAGAUCUGAUUCUCGCGAAAAUUCAGAAGCAAAUAGUCCAAAUCAUCAAAGCAACCGUGGUAAUGAUAGUAGCGUAACUAGUACACCAACGCACAGUAUAGGUAGUUCUUCCAGUACCGAUACGCCUAUUUACCAUGGCACACCAAAUCGAAAUGAAACGCUUCGAAGGGUAGAAUACUUUGACAACUUAGAGAAAAAUAUGUCCGGUAAUAGAUCUAUUAGCACUGAUGACAGUUGGAUAGAAAAAGGCUUAAAUCGGUCGAUGUCCGGACCUGAUUGCCUCCAAAGACAUCGAACUGAUAGCGAUACAGAUUCUGUAAAUUCUCUACAAUUUAGAGAAGAUGAUAACAUGACAAUGUCGACCGACAGUGGACUAGAGCUGGAUGGCGUAGUUUUACGACGAAAACAAGGAUCCACCGCAAUUAGACGUCGCCCGGGUGGUCGACGACAAUCACGUAGUCGACUGCGGCGUCGUUGUUCAAUUAACGGACAUUUUUAUAAUCGUGAAACCAGUUUUUUUACACCUCCGCAUGGAUCUCAAAUGUCCGUUUGGAUUACAAGUUUAGUAAAUACUCAGGAAGUUAUUAACCUUAUGUUAGACAAAUAUAAAGUUGAUGCUAAACCAGAUAAUUUUGCGUUGUUCGUCGUCCGCGAUAAUGGCGAGCAAAGAAGAUUAAGAGAUGACGAAUAUCCGCUGGAGGUUCGUGUAGUAUUAGGUCCGCACGAAAAUGUCGCGCGACUUUUUUUAGUAGACAAAUUGUCGACUCCGGAAAUUAGUUCUGACGUUGCGCAAUUUCUUAAUCUCUCUUUGGUAGAGUGUCACGGUAUAUUGCAACGUUAUUAUUACGAAGAGGAGCGUCAGAUUCUGCUUUUAAAAGAAAAAUAUAAGGAGAUGCGGCGAAGAAUACGACAAAGAAUGGAAGAGCUAAAGGUUCGACUAUAGUUAGUACGUAUUCAUAAUAAACAUUUAAAUAUC